AUGACAAAAACUAGGUAUAACAUAGUUGAAAACUUGUGUUUAUGCUUAUAUUUCUUUUGUACAAAGUUAAAGCAUUAUAUAAAACUUGUUGAUGUUUAUGUUUCAUCUCAUUCCGACAUCAUCAAACAUAUGUUGUCCAAACCAAUUUUGCACAUUCGAAUUGGAAAGUGGGCAUUAGCGUUAACUGAAUAUUCCUUAACGUAUAUGCCAUUAAAGUAUGUUAAGGGACAGGUGGUGGCAGAUUUUAUAGUCGAUCACUCCAUAGUUGCGAAUGCACUGGACUAUAUCGAAUUAGAACCUUGGAAGUUGUACUCCGAUGGGUCUAGUCACAAAGAUGGAAGAAGCAUAUGGGUUUUAAUUAUUUCUCCUAAUAAAAUUCCAACAAAACUCAAGUAUAAAGUGGAGGGCCUUUGCUUGAACAAUGAAGCUGAAUAUGAAGCCCUCAUAGUUGGACUUGAAAUAUUGUUGGAAUUGGGGGCAACUCGAGUCGAAAUAAUGGGUUACUCAGAGUUAGUUAUAAAACAGAUCACAAAAGAAUACAAAUGUAUUAAGAAGAAUUUAAUUAUGUACUUCGUAAUAGUCAGUCGAUUGCUAAAAAGAUUCGAGAUGGCUAAAAUUCGACAUAUACCUCAAUUGGAAAAUCAAGUGGCUAAUGAUUUGGCUCAAAUUGCAUCUGGGUACAAAAUUUCAAAAGAAAAACUACAAAAAGUCAUCGAAUUCAGAGGAAAAGUUGUAUCAACCAGAUUAGCCCCAUCAGACUUAGAAAAGACAAAGUUGGGAUAUGCUGAUGAAGAAAACUUCGAAAUAUUGGCAAUAGACAAUCUGACAGAUAGAGAUUGGAGGAAACCAAUAGUGGAAUAUCUACAGAAUCCAACGACGUCUUCUGAUUGA